AUGACUUCAACCAAGGAACAUCCCGAUUAUCUCGAGGAGCCGCCACACCUCGAAGUCCCACGGGUAACAUGGUAUAAGCAUGCCGGCUUGCGGAGCCUCUACAUCAGAAUGCCAAUCUUGAUGCUUUGUGCUACCAUCAACGGAUAUGAUGGGAGUCUCCUGAAUGGCCUUCAGACAAUUGAGAACUGGCGGACUUACUUCAACCAUCCCUCCGGCUCUACUCUUGGCCUAUUCACUGCCAUUGUCAACAUCGGUGGUUUCAGUGCACUGUUCUUCUCUCCGUACAUUGCGGACUUCUAUGGCCGUCGUAUCGCGACUGCUAUCGGCAUCAUCAUCCUAGUCGUCGGCCGUCAACGAAGGCAUGUUUAUCGGUGGUCGUUUCCUCGUGGGAUUCGGGUAAGUAGAUCCAACAUCUCCAUCGGGGCCGGUCCGCUGCUGAUCAUGGAACUGGCUUAUCCUCAGCAUCGAGGUAGGCUCACUGUGAUGUACAACAGCCUCUGGUAUGUCGGAAGUAUCGUUGCCGCCUGGACCGUCUACGGAACGAUCAAGUACACGGGUCAAGUCUCGUGGCGGGUUCCUGUCGCUCUGCAAUGCCUUAUGCCGGUGCUCCAACUGAUAGGCAUAUUCACAUUGCCUGAGAGUCCGCGUUGGCUAUGCUCAAAGGACCGAUCUAAUGAGGCCUUUGAGAUCUUGGUCAAGUAUCACGCCAGUGGAAACCGCGAGGACCCCUUCGUCCGAGCCGAGUUCGCCGAGAUCCAAGAGACCAUCAGGCUUGAGAAGCUCGCGGCAGAGACGGGGUGGAUGGUGUUUUUCCAGACGCCGGGAAACCGCAAGAGGCUGUUGCUCAUUGUGCUCACAUCGUUCUUCUCUCAAUGCUCAGGAAACGGCCUGGUCUCGUACUAUCUUCAUGACAUUCUCAGUUCCGUUGGCAUCGACGAGCCCAACUCUCAAUCUCUGUUCAAUGGUGGUCUCCAAAUCUGGUCAUUCCUCGUUGCAAUCUGCUUUUCGGUUUAUUUCAUCGAGAAACUCGGCCGAAGAAUUCUCUUCCUUAUCGCUGCCGUCGGGAUGCUCGUUAUUUUCAGUGUCUGGACUGGAUGCUCUGCAGUGUACGCCCAAACAGGAAACAAAGACGCCGGGUCCGCGGUUCUGGCGAUGAUCUUCCUCUUCUACGGAGUCGCUGGUUUCGCAUGGCCUGGCUUGACGGUUGCUUACUGCUCCGAGAUUCUCCCCUUCAGCAUACGUGCCAAGGGACUGGCAAUCUGCCUGGGAGUAACAGCGCUCUCUGGUGUUUUGAACCAAUACGUCAACCCCAUUGGGCUCUCGUCACUGGCUUGGAAGUUCUACUUUGUCUACAUUACCAAGGGACCUACUCUUGAGGAAAUUGCCGUCCUGUUCGACGGCAAGGAUGCCAAAGUUUCCAAGGAGGCGGGAAUGGACGGCGAUGCUACGUAUGAGCAAGUGGAGGUCCGUAAGGCUGCGGAAAAGGUCUAG